UGGGCAGCACUUGCGCCCUCUUGCGUCGUCAACCAACACUUUUUUGCAGCUGCAACACAAAACAACAUUCGUAGCAGUAUAGUUUUUCACACAUAUGUAUAAAUAUAUAUAUAUGCUGACAACAAAGUGACGUGAAUAUCGGAUAAAUCGGAUUGUUUAUACGAAGCAGUAUUGAGUGCGCAUUGCUUCUUUGUGUCUCACACACACAUACAAACACACACACACAUAGAGUAGACACAUCUUAUGCACAAUCGAAACGCUUGCGAGCGAAUCAUAACAAUAAUAAAAACAAAUGCCAGUUAAAAAUGGCGAAUCAGAUGCGGAAGGCGACGUCUCUGGGGCGGAGUCGGAGCGCUCGAAUUCGAGCCAGGCGCACGACACCUCCGACGAGGAGGAGGAGGAGGAGGCCAAUGAAUGCGACUCAGAUGAUUCCUCCGAAAUGGAUGCCACCGAAAUCGAGAUGCGACGCGCCGAACACAUCGAAGAUUUGGCGAGCUUAGAGCGCCAAUUUAGCCAGCUGCGCGAGCAAUAUUAUUAUGAGCGCAUCAGCCUCAUCGAGCGCCAGCUAUCCGAUGUCCGUUCCGGCCGCUCCGAGGAGUUUGUCCAUCCCCAAAAGGAGCUGGACAAGGUGUACAGGACGCGUAUCGAAGUCGCCGAUGUGCUGCGCAAGUUUCGCCUCCAAAAUAUCGAGCACAAAUAUCUAUCCGAGGAGCAGGCGGCUUCCCAACACUUUGAGAGCGAGAAACAAAUGGCUGUGGAUAAUCUGCGCGAGGAGCUAAUGGAGCGCAUACGCCGCCUGGAGGAGGAUCGUCACAAUGUGGACAUCUCCUGGGACGAUUGGGGCAAUGACAAGCGCCAAAGUAAGGUACGCGGUCCGGGGCGCAAGAAGGCCGUAACUGUGACCGGCCCGUAUGUUGUAUAUAUGCUACGCGAGGAGGACAUCAUGGAAGAUUGGACGAUCAUACGCAAGGCACUCAAACGAUCAUCCGGUGGCAAUGUUGCUGUCGCCGCCGCUGCCGCAGCAACAACACCACCAACGCCAACGAUGCAACAGCAGCUGGGCGGUGGAGGAGCUGGUGGCUUGGUCGGUGUGCCGCUAACGACAACAAUGAUGGCGGGCGCGAAUGGAUAACGGUGGCGUUCCGCUGCAGCUGCAUAUCAUGCUCACAACAAGGAGCUCACCUGAUGGCAGCGUAAGGUAGCAAAUGCUCCGCCACCGCCCCUCGGACCGCCCUGCUCCUGUUUCACGCCACCACCACCAACGUUAUGAUUUGGUCAAACACAUACACAGAUUUUGCUUAAGUUAUACUUAUUACUUAUUUUUGUACAUACAUAAAUACAUAUAUCCAUAUAUAUAUAUAUAUAUGUAUAGAACUGUACAUAGAACGAUGAUUUUAUCGUUUAGCGAACAACGCUUCGAUGUGUGUGCAUGUGUGUGUGAAUCUAUGACACACACGCACACACAAAUUCUACACACCGUCAAAAACAAAAACAAAAACAACAAGAACUCACGAGAAAUGCAUAAUAUUUAUUGUAUAUAUGCAUCUACAUAUACAGAUACAAGUAAAUACACGUAAGCAUAAAUGUAAAGAAAAGAAAAACAAAUAUAAAGCAAUUAUUUUUCGUACUUACUA